GUAACUGGACCCCGAGAAAGAGUCGGAUCCCAAAGAGCGGAAGGCGCUCGGUCGUGGCCGAUCUCACCUUACAGCCGACAGCAGCCCUGGAGGGCGCGGGUGGGAGGCUGAACCUUGUGGGCUGGAAGCAUGCCGAGCAGAUUCCUGAGCCCUUCCUUCCUAAAGGUCUGCAGAAAAGAGCUGGUCCGUAGUUUCCCCUAAGUAGCUCCGCGAAGGAUGGGGUUUGCCGCUCUUUAAAGCGAGGAUCUUGGGCACCGCACCAUGUUGUACCAUUGGCUUCUUUGAGUCAUGCGCCAGAAUGUAUGGCUUCAUAAAUACAUGCCUGAAGUCUCUGGUGGUUGAAAAGUAUGGUGAAGAGAUAUGGGAAAAACUAAGAGUUCAAACUGGAGUAGAGGAUACUUUUUUGACUUUUGAAGUUUACAGAGAUGAAAUCACAAUGCAACUCAUUGACAAAGCAUGCAAAAUUCUGGAUGUUCCCCCAGAUAUGGUCCUGAAGCAGUUUGGAGAAUAUUUCUUUGAAUUCUGUAAGCGGUCAGGUUAUGACCAUAUGCUGAGAACUCUGGGAGGAAAUCUCUAUGAAUUUAUAGAGAAUUUGGAUGCUCUGCAUAGUUAUCUGAGUUUAUCUUACCAGAAAAUGAAUGCCCCCUCAUUUAGGGUGGAAAAGAAUGGAGACGGGUCAAUGCAUUUGCAUUAUUAUUCAGACAGACGAGGCUUGUGCCACAUUGUUCCAGGCAUAAUUGGUGCAGCGGCCUUGGAUUUUUUCAACAUUGAAAUUUCCAUGGAAAUAGUAAACCAAACAGAAGAAGAAGAAAGAACUGGAAAAAAGGAACAUAUUGUUUUCCUAGUAACACAAAAACCUGUGUUUUCAUACAAAAGGAGAAAUAGGUUCUCUACCUCUCCACAAUACCUUUCAAGUUCAGGAACCCAGCUGGAGAAACAGCUAAAUAAAGAGGAUCUUGAUAGAGCCAUGAAUAAAAUCAGAGAUAAAACAAAUCUCCUUUCUCCCUGUCCUGUGAAGAAAAGUCACUGGGAAACAAUCCGAGGAAUUGUAACAAUAGGAAAAGGACGGCUUCUUAGGGCAUUUGAUCCUGUCUACCCUAAAACCCUCUGGAUUGAUCCAAAGACAUUCUGCAAUGGGCUUCCUUUCCAUAUUGUUUUUGAUGAAGAGCUGAAAGUAAAGCAGGCUGGAAUCAGCAUUCAAAAGAUUGUUCCUGGCCUUCAAACUAUGGGCAUUCGUCUUAAUCAGUACUUCAGUAUUGUACGCCCUGAAGUGAAAUUCACCAUCUCCAGUGUUCAGAAAUUUAUCAACAGCCAAUUUGUUUUCCGAACUAAGAGAGAGAUGAUGCCAGAAUCCUGGAAGCAGCGUCCAAUGUUAGAGCUGAGAGGACAGAUGAUCUGGAUGGAGUCUGUCCAGUGUAUGCUGUACCUCUGCUCCCCUCUCCUACGCACAUUGCAUGAGCUGGAAGAGCGGCACAUGCACAUUGCGGACAUUGCUCCCCAUGAUGUCACCAGAGAUCUGAUCCUUCUCAACCAACAGCGGCUGGCUGAGAUGGAGCUGUCCAGUCAACUUGAGAGGAAGAAAGAGGAACUGAGGAUCCUGUCAAAGCAUCUUGAGGAAGAGAAGAAAAAGACGGAAGCCCUUCUCUAUGCCAUGCUCCCUAAGCAUGUGGCCAACCAGCUCAAAGAAGGGAAACGAGUCGAGGCAGGAGAGUUCAAAGAGUGCACAAUAUUAUUCAGUGAUGUCGUAACUUUCACCAACAUUUGUGCUCAGUGUGAACCUAUUCAAAUAGUACUCAUGUUAAAUGAAAUGUAUCUACGAUUUGACAGGCUGACCACCGUGCAUGAUGUCUAUAAGGUGGAGACUAUAGGGGAUGCCUACAUGGUGGUUGGCGGUGUCCCUGUGCCUGUAUCAACACAUGCUGAAAGGGUUGCCAACUUUGCUCUAGGAAUGAUCAUAGCAGCCAAAGACAUCAAGAACCCAGUUUCUGGAUGUCCCAUUCAAAUCAGAGUUGGGAUCCACACCGGGCCUGUUCUUGCUGGUGUUGUUGGAGAAAAAAUGCCACGCUAUUGUUUAUUUGGAGACACUGUAAAUAUAGCAUCCCGAAUGGAAAGCCAUGGAGUUCCUAACAAAAUUCAUCUGAGUGCCAAUGUUUAUCAGUGCUUAAAGCACAAGAAUUUUGAGAUGAUGGAAAGAGGAGAAAUUGAUGUGAAGGGCAAAGGGAAAAUGCACACUUACUUCCUGGUUCAAAAUACAACUGCAACAGAGAAUGAAAUUAUGGGGAGGUCAGUCAGGGCACCUGAUGUCAGCCACAAAUCUGCUCAACUGUUUCAGGAAUGCAGAGCUGACGAAUUUCAGAAGUUGUAUCCUCAAGAUAUACAGCCAAAUUCAAAUGAAGAAUUGCUUCCUAUCAUAGCAAUGAAAUAUGCAGACACCAACAUUGAAGAAAAGAAUGAAACAAGAACAAAGGAUUUAGCAGUCAAAACAUUUGAUGCUGAAUCCUACGCAAGUCUUCAGGGUGACCAGCUGUCAGACAAAGAGCCCCAUCCUCAUCAUAUGCAAGGAAGAAGCAGACCAGCAGCAGAAACACCACGGAUCAGGAACAUCAGAUCCAAUUUCUGCACUAUGCUUUAAACAGCUCUUGAAUUUUCAAACUGAAGGGUGGGAGUGUGUUCUGUGAUGUUGUAUUUUGCUGUUCCUCUCUUGGGGUCUUGAUUUUGUGUAAAAAGUAGUACAGCAUGUGCUCCCGAUAUUGAAAUAUUUUGAAAUCACCGGUAGCAAUAAUGAAAGAAAGGCUGGCAUUUUGACCAUCAGUGUUGACUCGUCUUAUGUGUAUGAACUUGGCACAUCUAGUUGUGUGUGAGAGAAGGAGGCCUGUCCUCUACAUGUCAGCGUAUUUUAAUAGGUUGGUUGUCUUAUCCCAAAGUGUGUCAACAUUUCAGGAAAGCAUGAUUGGAUGCUUUCAGGACAACAGUGCAUAUGAGCUUGGUUAUGGCUUCUCCUGUACCACUAGCCUCUAGACCCUGACCCCUCCCCGGACACUUCCACACAGCCAUAUAGCCCAGAAUAUCAAGGCAGAUAAUCUACAAUAUCUGCUUUGAACUGGGUUAUAUGUGUCCACACUGCCAUAUAACCCAGUUCAAAGCAGAUAAUGUGGGAGUUUAUACAGCUGUGCGGAAGGGGCCUCCGUGACAAGUGAAGAAAAUAUUUCAGUCAGAAUCCUUUGGGGCUUUUUGCUGAAGUAACCAGGACCUGUGUUAGGAUGAUUUUUUUUCCUGAUGUUCUGUAAGGAAGUAUUUCUGUACCUUCUCAUACGAUGGUUUUCCCAGGCUGCAAAAUGGCUGCUGGAGAGUGCCCAGGUACAGCUCCCAAAUAGCAACUGGUUGGCCAAAGGAUGGGUGGGUGUGCCUGCCAUCCACUAUUUCCCCCCAAACAUUUACAUUAGGAUGGAUCAACUUUAAGAUCCCCCAGCUUCAAUUAGGAUCUUGGUCUCAGUGUAGAUCAGCAAUUUGUCAACAGUUUCUCUUCUUAUACCUUUAUACCAAAAAAACCAAAAUAUAGAGCCCUAUGCGUAUUAUAUUUCAGGAAGAAAAUCAGUUCAGGAAAUAAAGAGCAAAUAGUUUCCAUUUUUUCCUAAGUCCUUCACUAAGCCUUGAACCACCUACAGCAAUUUUGUAUGAUAAUGGAAACUGAGGUGUGGAGAUAGAAAGAGAACUAUAAAUAACUGUGGUUCAUCUUGAACGGUGGUUCUCAACCUGUGGGUCCCCAGAUGUUUUGCCCUUCAACUCCCAGAAACCUAACAGCUGAUAAACUGGCUGGGAUUUCUGGGAGUUGCAGGCUUAAGCACCUGGGGACCCACAGGUUGAGAAACACUGAUCAAUAGAAGGUCAAUAGAUUGUUUGCAUCCACAGCUGUUUAACAUCUUAGUUUUAACCAAUGUCAGUAAAAGUUAUGGAAGACCAGCAGCCCUAGCUGCAUUGUGUAAAUGACUGGAUGGGAUUAGUGUAGAUCCCAACAAGUUUCAGUAUAUACAGGUAUGGUCUUCUUAUCUGUAUGAAUGUCACUGUGAAUGCACCUUCAUGGUGUAUGUAUCAUUUAUAUUUGGGCAAUAAAUGUUUUAUAUGAAAUUG